AUGGGGCGGGUUCACACGCUGCUCAGCUUCUGCGAUUCAGCACCAAACGCGGGCGUAGAGAAUGGUCGGUUCCUGAGACCUUCGAAAACAGGCGACAGCCAAGAAUGUGCAGCCACGAGCCCCGCCAGCCAGGCUGCGAGCGUUUCUUCAGGUCGAUCUGCUUCUCUUCUCCUCCUGCAGUUUUUGCGAGUCGAUCAAGAUAAAGACAAGGACUGCAGCCUGGACUGCGGGGGCUCCCCCCAGAAGCCUGUCUGUGCGUCCGAUGGGAGGACCUUCCUGUCCCGUUGCGAGUUCCAGCGUGCCAAGUGCAAAGACCCGCAGCUGGAGAUUGCGUACCGGGGCAACUGCAAAGACGUGUCCCGGUGUGUGGCCGAGCGGAAGUACACGCAGGAGCAGGCGAGGAAGGAGUUCCAGCAGGUGUUCAUCCCGGAGUGCAGCGAGGACGGCACCUAUAGCCAGGUGCAGUGCCACAGCUACACGGGAUACUGCUGGUGCGUCACGCCCAACGGGAGGCCCAUCAGCGGCACCGCCGUGGCCCACAAGACGCCCCGGUGCCCGGGUUCCAUAAAUGAAAAGUUACCUCAACGGGAAGGCACGGGGAAAACAGAUGAACUAAAAAUGACGGUCCCUUCGUUUGCUUUGUUAGAUAUCGCCUCGCGUUACCCGACGCUGUGGACGGAGCAGGUCAAAAGCCGACAGAACAAAACCAACAAGCACUCAGGUACCAGGGCCGGGGCCCCGGGUGCUGUCUCCUCGAGGUGGAGUGUGGGCGGCACGUGUGUCCUUGGUUACGGCGUCAGCACCGAACCUCAGAGUUCAGAUUUCGGUGUUUUUAUUACGUGUUCUACAGUCUCUGCAAGGUUUCUCCGUAGGUGCCCAGCAAACAACAGCUUCAGAUCCAGUGGCACGUGUGUCUCAGCGACCACAGGCGGCCGCACGCGGUCCCCAGGGGAGCAGGUGCGGGCGCUCAGCAUGGACGAGGCUUCAGGGGGUCGUGAGCCGUGCCAGGAGAGCCCGGGAGGGGGCUUGCUGGGCGUGAGCUGCCCAGAUGUGGUGGUGAAGGGACUGGGGUCGCCGGGGCGGCCUCCCUUCCCCCCUCGUAGGUACGAGCAGCCGAAAUGCGACAACACGGCCAGGGCGCACCCCACCAAAGCGCGGGACCUGUACAAGGGCCGCCAGCUGCAGGGUUGUCCUGGUGCCAAAAAGAAUGAGUUUCUAACGAGCGUUCUGGACGCGCUGUCCACCGACAUGGUCCACGCCGUCUCCGACCCGUCCUCCCCCGGCAGGCUCUCCGAGCCCGACCCCAGCCACACGCUGGAGGAGCGAGUGGUCCACUGGUACUUCAAGCUGCUGGACAAGAACUCCAGCGGGGACGUCGGCAAGAAGGAGCUGAAGCCCUUCAGGAGGUUCCUGCGGAAGAAGUCCAAGCCCAGGAAGUGUGUGAAGAAAUUCGUGGAGUACUGUGACGGGAACAACGACAAGGCCCUCUCCCUGCCCGAGCUGAUGGGCUGCCUGGGCGUGACCAAGGAGGAGCGCAAGGCCGGCAGCAGGAAGCGGCACACCCCCAAAGGUACUGCGGAGAGCACUUCUCAUAGACAGCCCAGGAACCGAGGAUAAGAGACGGCGGCCGAGGCGCCUGAGACGUGUGGGAGGCUCCCUCACCAAACGCAAUUAAAAAACAGAAACAAAACCCAUAGUAUUUGCACUUUGUACUUUAAAUGUAAAUCCACUUUGUAGAAAGGAGAUAUUUAAACGGACUGCUUUAAUCUGUGAAAAGGGAGGGGCUGGCUUCCGCAGGUUAAUCACAUACAAUGUAUGUGUCCCUGUGACCGUGGACAUCUCCGCUGUUCGGGGUGGGCUUGCACUUGCUCUCUGGGUCCCAUGGGUGUCUGCGUCAAGGACGGCGGCUCGGACACAGCGGCUGCAGCCGUGGCUCCGCCCUGGCGCAGGAUGGGGCCCCACAGGCACUCAGCUUCCUCCGGCCGCUGCUCUGAGACGCACCGUGUUGGCAGCCUCGGGUCGCUGUGGGAGCUCACACUUUGGUCUGUAAGGUUUGCCGUCAGCCGCCGGCCUGGCAUGCAGGUGGGGCACGCCGGCUGCGUCUCUCUGGGACCUGGUCCCUUUGUUCUGCUUUCUCGAGGUCUCGCUCCCGUCACGUUGGCAACCACACAGCGGCGAUGAUGGGGUCUGGGGGACAGUCCCUGACACCUUCGUGCGCCUGCUCUGCCACCUCAAGGUUGGCCGCAGGCAGUGAAAUCAACGCUGGGGGACUCCCUCCCCCCUGCGCUGGCUCCAGGCAGCGGGCAGGGUUCAAGGUCAGAGAGGAGUUGGCAUCAGGCCACAACUGCCAUCUGCCACCUCUUCCCUUCCACCUGGCCUUGCCCUCCCGGGGCCCUGGAAGGUGAACUGUGCCCUGAGCAGCUCCCGACAGUCUCCUUAAAGGAGGCGCUGGGACAGCUGGGCGCUGGAUGGCGUGCCCUCAGCAGGCAGGGGGCUGGGCCUGGGUUCCGUCUCCUCCUCAUUCUUUCCUGAAGGCCCUGAGGGCACAAGAACUUAUCACUGGGCCAGUCCUCUGGGGGGCACUGGGGAGGGACGGGCCAGGACCGGAUGCUCACAAGAGCCACAGAACCGGCCCCUGUACAGCCAGGGGCCACUGUCCGGCUGGACCCCGCACUGAGCGGCCACGGCUCUGCGGCCCCUGGAAGGUCGGCGGGGGCCGCGUGUGACCAGCCAUGAGGCUGGCUCGGCUCCGACGUGUGGUCGGAAAAACACCUCCGUGGGCCUCACUCCCCAGCACAUGGCGGACACCGACCCCAGUGAAUAGGCGUGAAGACGGCGGCUUCUCCUUGUUUAAUGUGCAGAGUGAAAGCUGAACCUGGAGCCGCUAAACCCUCACCGUUGCUAAGGACACAAUUACGCUCCUAAACUUAUUGGAUAACCUUUUCUAUUUCUGAACUUUGGACUUAAUCGUUUUUCUUAGAUUGAAAUAAAAGACGCUAUCAAGACCGU